CGGCUGCUGUCCCCGAAGUCCGUGCAAGGUUCCGGAGAGCCGCCGCCUGCUCUCCACAUGUGCCGCAGCCGCCCGGUCAGGAGGUUCUCAGCUCCCGCCUGUUUCGCUGCUUCCCGACCUCCCUCGCCAUGCACACCACCGGCACGGCCAGCCCGGGAGAUGCGUCCGCUGCUGACAUCAUGGACAUAUGUGAAUCUAUCUUGGAAAGGAAGCGACAUGACAGUGAGAGGUCUACAUGUAGUGUCUUGGAGCACACAGACAUGGAAGCUGUUGAAGCUCUUGUUUGCAUGAGUUCCUGGGGUCAAAGAUCCCAGAAAAGUGACCUCUUAAAAAUAAGACCACUUACUCCAGUCUCGGAUUCAGGAGACUUUACUGCCCUGCAUGGUGAAGCUGUCCUGUCUGAGUUACCAAAGGACUUCCAUUCUCUUUCUACCCUGUGCAUGACUCCCCCUCACAGUCCCGAUCUUCUUGAACCAUCUACGUCAUUGCUUCUUCCCUCCCAAGUCACUGCUUCCCAAACAGGAACAGGCCAAGCGGUCUGUUCGGCUCCCUCUGCAAAUAUGACCUCUGUUUUGGUAGCCAAAUUGUCAAGAAUGAAGAUGGAGUCAGGGCUGUCCAGUCAGAAGCCAGAGGUGCCUGAGCCAGCUUCUCUUCAGCCCUACAAAGCCGUGGUAACCAGUGUGAUCCGCCACACUGGGGACAGUUCUGCUUCCUGUCACAUUCCAGCACCCCAAGGAGACAUGGAAGGCGGUUCAGGCAGCAGAAAUUCCAUAGGCCUGAAGGAAACUCACCACUCAGGAAUUUCUGAAGCUUUUCAGGCCUUGCACCUCGAGAGUGGUAUAAACCGUGCUAAUCUGGUCCACUCUCCACCUCGUUUACAAAGUUCUGGUUCUUCUCUUCCUGAUAAAGGACAACAGGGGGUGUGGCCCAUCGCAACACAGACGUGCUCACCAAAGAAUUGUGACAGUGAUGCCCCAAGGAAAGCUGCGUCUUUUAUUUCUGUCCCUGUUCCCUUCCACCCUCCCCCCGUCCUUUGCCAAAUGAUUCCUGUGACUGGUCAGAGUGGUGGAAUGGUUUCAGCUUUCUUGAAGCCUCCUUCCCCGGCAAACCCAGCACCCAUCAAGCCCAUUUUACCCCACACUGCUCCGAUCUCUCAGCCUGUGCUCAUGGGAACGUCGGUGCCUCAAGGAGCUGUUAUGCUGGUCUUCCCCCAGCCGGCCACUUGCCAACCAAAUGUCAUGACUCUGGGGAACACCAAGUUACUCCCUCUUGCCCCUGCUCCGGUCUUCAUUACACCCAGUCAAAACUGUGUCCCUUCAGUAGACUUUUCCCGAAGAAGAAAUUAUGUUUGUAACUUUCCAGGAUGCCGGAAAACUUAUUUCAAAAGUUCUCACCUCAAGGCCCAUCUUCGUACUCACACUGGAGAGAAGCCUUUCAACUGCAGCUGGGCAGGUUGUGAUAAAAAAUUUGCUCGCUCAGAUGAACUUUCUCGACACCGCAGAACUCAUACAGGAGAAAAGAAAUUUGUGUGCCCCGUAUGUGCUCGGCGCUUCAUGCGGAGCGACCACUUGACAAAACACGCCCGGCGUCACAUGGCGGCCAAGAAGAUCCCAAACUGGCAGGCUGAAGUGGGCAAAUUAAACAGAAUUGCUUCAUCAGAGAAACCUGGAAGCGCUGGGGUGUCUUUGAGCUCACUAGUCCCCAUGCCAUCGUGCUCUGCCUAAGGAAUCAUUCAGGACAUAAUCUGCAUCUGAUAUUUUUUAAAAGCCUUUAUUCAGAACACUUACUGUAAUGGCUGAAACACAGAAUUGACAUAAUUUUUUUCAGGGUUUUUUGGGCAGUUCCUGAUGAAAGCAUGUUGUUAACACUUUUUUUUCUUUAAUUGAGGCCCUGUUCAUGAUUACAGUUUUGUAGUUUAAGAAACUCUUGGGUUUUUUUUUUUUAAAGGAAAGUGUUCCAAAAAUUGAUAAUCUGAAUCACCAGCAUUGAAAGAAAACAUCUUAGCCAUGAAGUUUACAAAAUCUUGAUUCACUUAACCUUUGUAGUCAAUUUUUUUUUACAAAAUGUUACAGGGUACUAAUUUUUAUACUAGUGUUUUCUAUAAAGGUAUUUAUAUUGUAAUUACUUCGCAAGCUGUUUUUUAUUAAUAAUGAAAAACUUUUUUUAUAAUUACCCAGCGUGGUAAACCUGGAACAUCAUCCAGGUAAAAGAAAUCAUUAGUCGUGCUCAGCCUAAGAAUUUUUAAGACCUAUAAAUGAUUGACUAAGGGCCUUUUAAAGAAAAAAAAGUGGUGUCACCUCAAAACAUUUCAAAAGUUUGUCUAGUCAUUUGAAGUAGAUACCCUAAGCCAUAGAUAUGGUCUGGGGAUCCAAAAUGUCAGAGGACCAAGAUCUGCCAUUUGCAUAUAGAGUGGCUUGUAUGCUGUUGAGUAAGAAACUGCCUCAUGAUUUAAAUUUUCUUCAUUUAAGACAAUUACUUUUAUGUUGUAAUUUGCAUAUUUGUGUUCACUCUUGCCAAACCAUUCCCAUUCUCUUAUCUCACAAAUGGUGACCUUAGGAUUUUUGGUAUGUUGUGUGUAAAUUGACCUUUUCAGGUAAAUGGAAGUGGCCCAUUGAAUGGUUUUUUUUUUUCUUUAUGUUCACCAGAGUACUUUACUUUUAAAGUGAAAUACAUGUUGCCUGGCCAACUCUGGUUCUUUAAUUCCCUCACACAUCAAGAAUAGAAAAUAAUGUUGCAGAUGUCAAUUUUAGAAAAAUAACUUAACCGUUCAACAACUUUUGUAACUGGAAAAUGAAAGUGAUUUUUGGAAGCAGCAGAGAAGAAUGUUUAUAAAUGGAAAGACAUGAAGGGGAAGGCUGAAGUUAUUUGGCUCUGUCCUUUGCAAUCCACUGCUACCAUUUGUUAAGUUUUUUUUUUUUUUUGUAUGUUUCCCAGACCCUGGAGGAAUUCUGUUUUGUCCAUCAAGGCACAAAAAUUAUUUUUUUGUUAAGCAUUGCACUGUAGUUCUCCACAUUUAGACCGUAGGGAUUGUAUUGUAUGUUGCACUGCUACUAUAAUUUAGAAAGCUUAUGUACUUAGAUUUUUACAUAUGAAUAUAGUUAUUGGCAGUUUACCUUUAUAAAAAUUAUGGUAAAUUGAAAUGUUGAAUUUGGUGUUACAAAGUUUUGUGCCUAGCUUAUUUGUUGUUGAGGCCCUUAUUCAAUGAUAUUAAGCUAUUCCAACCCCAUCCACUCACCCCCCUCACUAUCUUUAGUGAUCUUUAUGCUACCUAAUGUCACUAUGUUAUUUAACCUAUAUGUAAGUGAUGUGUUUGAAAUUCACCUAUUAGACUGUAGAGGUUUUGAUACAGUUGUAAAAGUAACAUAAUUUCAUAUGUAUAUUUUAUGUUUUUUUACUUUUCUUCCCCCAAACCUUCACUCCCAAAUCUACUAUAGUAGCACUAGCUACUAAGCAUCCAGAAUUUUAUGAUUGUAUAUAUUCUGUAGGGCCCCCAAUUUGAGUAUUUUUCCUAAUUAGGAUGUACAAAAUUAUGAGUCCUACUGUUAGUACUCUGGAAUAUGGAUGGCUUUAAGGGAAUUAGUCUUUGAGUGUUUGGUUGGGAUUUUCAGAUUGUUUCAUACCCCUGAGAAAGAGGACUUAAUGGUUGAUUCUUUAAAACGUACACGCAAAUUUUAUUUGUACUGAAAAUGGUUUUUAUUUAUGCUUCCAUUCUUGAAUUAGCUAGAAAAACUAUAGAAAUAUCCUUAGUAAAAUUCUUCUUGGUUCUCUUAUUUCUUUUGUCCCUUUUUGAAUAUAUAGGGUUGGGAAGCAAGUCCUCUUAUGAAGAGAAGUUAACUCAUGAACCAGAACUUUGUUGUUGUUAUUUUUUUCCUAGGUUCAGAUGCCUACAUCUGAAAUAUCUGGGUAUUAUGGAUUGAGAAUGAUGAGGCAAAUUUUCCCUGUGCACUUUAUUGCCUGAGUAGUUUCUCUUGAUUUUUUUUGAGCCUUUUUUUUUUAAGUUCCAAGAAUAAAAUUUAAAAUGUUUCAUAAUUGUUUUUAUAACAGACUUUUUCAACCUCUUAUUUAAUGAAACUGUAAU